GUGUGUUUUCGGCUUCCUUUUUCAGAUGCGCCUGCUUUCACGCGGCGCGGUUUCCUGUGGGAACUUGACGGUUCAGGCAGCCAGACACUGGUGGUUGGAUUGAAAGCACGGGAAGAUCCCUUUGUCAUCCCAAAGGACUGAUGUGUAUACAGACAAACACAGUGAUAGAUUGGAAAAUCCCUACCUUAACUUGGGAGCAAAAACCCCCCUAAUUGAAGGUGACAUUGCCAUCCCUCCUGGAAGGAAUGCACUCAUUAAUACUACGUUCAGAUGGAAGUUUCCCAUACCUUAUAUUCUGGCCGAUAGCCUUGAUCUUAAUGCCAAGGGGGCCAUUUUCCAGGCUUUUGAAAUGUACCGCCUUAAGUCUUGUGUUGAUUUCAAGCCAUAUGAAGGAGAGAAGACAUACAUCAGAUUUCAAAAAUUAGAUGGGUGCUGGUCUAUGGUGGGAGAUCAGCAGACUGGCCAGACACUGUCCUUGGGAGAGGGAUGUGACCACAAGGCCGUGAUUGAGCAUGAGCUGUUGCAUGCGGUGGGCUUCUACCACGAACAGUCCCGCAGUGACCGUGGUGACUACGUGGACAUUUGGCUGGAUGAAGUGCUCCCAGGCAUGGGUCACAAUUUUAAUAAAUACGACGACAGCUUCGUCACUGACCAGAACACCGCUUAUGACUACGAGUCCAUCAUGCACUACCGUCCAUAUUCCUUUAACAAGAACGCAAGCUUCCCAACUAUUACAACCAAGAUCCCUGAGUUUAACAACAUCAUUGGCCAGUACCUGGAUUUCAGUGCCCUCGAUGUUCUGAGGCUGAACCGAAUGUAUAACUGCUCAUCCUCUCUUACAAUGCUGGACCAGUGUGCUUUUGAGUACAUCAGCAUCUGUGGGAUGAUCCAACUGCAGGCUGACAAUGGGGGCUGGGUCCACACCUUGAGUUCUGUGGGGAAAGAGGACCACACCCUGAACGCACGCUGCAGAGAUGCGGGCUAUUUCAUGUAUUUUGACACUAGCCUGGGAGCGGCCGAGGAGUCCGCCCUUCUCGAGUCUCGGACUCUGUACCCAAAGAGAAACCUGCAGUGUCUGCAAUUCUUCUACAAGAUGACUGGGAGCACUAAGGACAGGCUUGUGGUCUGGGUGAAAAUGGAUGAUGGCACGGGGACGGUUCGAAAGCUGAGGAAAAUACAUACGUUUUUUGGAGUUGAUGCCCAAGACUGGAAGAUUGCACACGUGCCCCUAGAGGUUGCCGUGAAAUUCCGCUACGCCUUCCAAGGAGUCCGGGGCGACCCUGGCCAAUCGCGUGGUGGGAUUUCCAUCGAUGACAUCAGCCUGACCGAAACGCGCUGCCCCAGUGGGGUCUGGCAGAUUCCAAACAUCACUAAGCUCUUGGAGACCUCAGACAACGAUACAUAUUUACAGAGUCCACGCUUCUAUAGCCCUGAGGGCUAUGGCUAUGGGGUCACAAUGCAACCAAGGUCCAACCAUCAAGAUUACACUGGGGACUUCACUGGCUUCUUCUUUCACCUGGCUAGUGGUAUAAAUGAUGGCGCCCUCCAGUGGCCGGUGCUGAACAGGCAGGCCACCAUCACAGUGAUGGACCAGGACCCUGACAUCAAACUCAGAAUGUCAUCCGCUCGCAGCUUAACCACGGAUAUGAGGCAGAUUUCAGAGGGCAAGCUGUUUUGGGACGACCCUUCCAAGACGGGCACAUAUGACACGUCAUGUGACUGUUAUAGAGGAAGUUCUUGGGGCUGGCAGUCCUUCAUUCGUCACUAUGACCUGCGCCGACGGAGCUACACAAAGAAUGACAACCUCAUCAUUUUCAUUGACUUUGAAGAUAUAACGAGCCUUAUUAAAACUGAAGUGCCUGUUGAACCAGCGGAGUGAUUUCAGCAAAAUGUUCAUGAUAACAACCGAAAAGGCAAGUCAGGAAGAGACUUUUACAAGAAAAAUAGGAAAACCUUGAAAACUCCAAUAGGAGCAAAAAUAUAUGAUAGAAACAAAUAAUUAUCGAUUUUAUUAAUAAAUAAUAUUAUUAUUGAAAAAAAAAAAUUUUUUAGUCAGCAAAUUAAUAUACACAAUUUAAAGUCUACUUUAACACUUAGAGGUCGCUUCAGUUUUCUCUUCAUUGCUAUCACAUUUUUGCUCUAUAGAACGAUGUGAGCAAUGAACAACAGCAGAACGUUCUUAUCUACAACAGGAAAAUAAACAGUGAAAACAGAUUCAGAAAAUCAGCACAGAACACACAGUAAAACCUGCUAUUAUUCAAUGAAAUUUUUAUUUGUUGAAAGUCUUCUUUGAAAAGCCUGGAAUGUCAUGCUGUUGCUGCGUCAUGACAAUCAAGAUGCACUGGGUCUGUUGCUUGUGCUUCGUGAAAGUCAUAUUUCGUCACAAGAGAAAGCCAUCAUCUUGUCACAUGCCAUUUUGAAACGUUCGUGGACGGGGUCUUCGUUCCCAUACUUGGGGCAUCUUCUGCAAAAGUCGGUCAGGUUGUUCCGCAGCAUCUGGAAGAAGCACUCUGAAAAGGCUCAUGGUCUUUGCUGUCACAACUACAGACAUUUAUUUAGCUACCCACAAGGGAAAUUCCAACAGUAAUAACAAAAAAGUCAGCUAAACUGAAGCGUGAAAUCGUACAAUUGACAUUACCCUGCUGACAUAGGUUUACAUGCAUAAAAUAGCUUAAAACUUAACAUCAUGUCAUUAAAUGCUGCCUUCGAUUUAGGCUACAUCUAACUAUGUUUGGGCAGAAUUUAACGUUUCAUACCGUCUAUACAUUAUAAUGCAGUAUAUAGUAUUUUGACAGUAUUUAUCAAAGCAACGCUAUUUAUUAACCAAGCGGGGGCUGCCCACGAUAAAAAUUGCUGGCGAAAUGAAGAGUUACAAGACUUUACUUCUUAUGGUUUUGGGAAUUACUGUAUCACCAUAUUCAUCUUCUGAUUCCUACAUUAUUUUACUAUUUUUCUUGAUAGCUGGUUUCCGCCAUUUAGGCCAGCUCAUUUAAUUUAUGGAAGUCUGCCCCUAGUGGCAGAUCCCAUAUUUUACAUUAAGGCACAAACUGGGCCAAAACAAAAAUGAGGAGAUGCGUGUUAGAUUACUUAAUGGUUGCCUGCAUAAGUCUACAGAAAACUAGAACUUGGAUUUCUGAUAUCGAAUAUGCAAAUAUUUCUAAAAUUCGAAUGUUAUUCGAAUAGCAAAGUUUGACUUCCCAGGAGUGUCUUGCAGGGAACUGGGAGGGAGCAAAAUCAUGGACUGUCUGGCAGGGAGCAAAAACAUGGACCGUCUGCGGGCCCAAGGACCAGGUUCAGAAACACUGCCUUAGGCUUACUUGGGGGAAAAAACUCUGGAGGUCCAAGGUUUUCUCUUCUAACCACUUCACAUACAUGUUUGUUUUGUCAAUUUUGUUAAUCGUCUUAGGCUAGGAAGUGAAAAACCAAUGUGAGCUCUAAACAGUUUUGCUCAUUUUGCUAAAUAAAUGUAGGAUUGCAAUAUAGUGUCAGGUAAAUGAAUGUUCUGGAUUUUGGAAUGACCAGAAAGGAUACCCUGAAAGAUAAACAAGUGUUCAUUUACUGAAUAAAGCCCCAAUGAAUCCAUCAAAACACUUAAUAAUCAAAAACUAAUUUGAAUCAGUUAAUCUAUGGAAAUCUAAAGCGCAAACAAUCUAAACAGACCACGAAAGAAACAGGGACAUAGUGAUGUACUGCAAAUACAGUAUGUGACUGUUGUGCUGAAACACAUUCACAAAAUUACAUUUAACACAAUAAGGAGAGAAGUAUUGCGUUGAUUUUUAUGACGAGUCAUGAUUUAUCAUUUUAAUCACAUUUGCUUUCCUGUUAAUUGUGGUUACAUUGAGCUCAAUGAAAGGGUUUGUAUCCAAGCCUGUAGACUCUGUAAACUCUGUAAACUGUGAACUUGCUUACAGGACUUGAU